CAUCCAAACUCCGGCCGCGGGGCUUUGGGUCCUGGCCCUAACGGGGCUCUGUGCUCGGUUGCAGCCGGGGCCCUCCGCGGCGGCCCCAAAGACGAUCCCAAAGCGGAGGAGGAGGCGAAGGGCCGCGAGGAGAACUUCUCCAUGGACAGCGACCUCGACUACAGCUCCGACGAGAACGGCCCCGCGCCGGCGGCCCCGCGGGAGGAGGACUGUGGUACCGCGUUGGAGGAAAACCCCCCCAGCGCCGCCAAUGCCGCCGCCAACGCCGCGGCCACGGGGAAGAACCGACGGCGACGGACGGCGUUUACCAGCGAGCAGCUGCUGGAGCUGGAGAAGGAGUUCCACUGCAAGAAGUACCUCUCGCUGACGGAGCGCUCGCAGAUCGCUCACGCUUUGAAGCUGAGCGAGGUGCAGGUGAAGAUCUGGUUCCAGAACCGGCGAGCCAAAUGGAAGCGGGUGAAAGCGGGCAACGCCAGCUCCAAGGCGGGGGAACCCUCGCGGAACCCCAAAAUCGUGGUGCCCAUCCCGGUGCACGUCAGCCGCUUCGCCAUCAGGAGUCAGCACCAGCAGCUGGAGCAGGCGCGGCCCUGAGCGCCGCUGGGGGGGCAAAAAGUUGACAAACGGGGUUUUCGCCGGACCCGCAAUGAAAAGCGAAACGAACGACGGAAACCAAUCCUCCCCCCCGCAGCC